GCGUUUAAUUGUGCUCGGCAGCCAAUAGGAGCGCAGCAAGGCUCAGAGCGCUUGGUGGGGCGAGGAGAACCUCCGCGGACCUCCAUGGACGACUAGCCGCGCUCCUGGGUGGUUAUGUUGGCCUUUUGCCGGACUUUUCUGGAGAAUUGCCGUUUGAGAGUGUCGGUUCCAAGAUGUCUGACAGAUCCCAGAGUCCGGGCACGGAGUGUCAAAGCCGGCCGUACGACUUCAGCCGCGCCUGCGCGCAACUUUUGGCCCCGGAGGUCCUGCACGGGCCCUCCACCUUCCAGCUGCCGGACGGGGGGCUGCUGUACAGCAAGCCCGCCUACGGGGCUCUGCCGCCGGCCAGCACGCAGAGCUUCUUCCCCUUCCAGGGCGGAGGCGGCAACGGCGACUACCGGGGCCCCGACCUCCAAGCAGUGGAUUUCGGCCAAGCCAAGCAUUGGUACCCGUUCCCCGCCCCCGAGUACACCGGGCAGGUACCCGGCGUGACCGCGACCAACCUCAGCCCCUCCAUCGCCGAGCCGGCUAAAAUCCCCGCAAUCAAGACGGAGAAGGACACCGGGGACGACUACUCCAGCGAGGCCAAGGUGCAGCAGUACCCGCCGGCCUCCGCCGCCAUGCCGCACGGCCUCUUCUACUCGGCCCCCUGGAACCCCUCCUUCUGGCCGGGCAUCAGCCACCUCACCCCGCCGGGCAGCAGCGGCAGCAGCCAGCAGAACCCGUCCACCUCGUCCGCCUCGUCCCCGUCCAUGUCUCCUUCCCCGCCCAGCAGCGGCGUCCCGGCCAACGCCUUUUUCGGCCUCAACCCGCCCCAAAGUGUCCCCGGGCCCGCGGGUCCCAACCCGGCCUCGUCAACCAGGAGCAGCGGCUCGUCCAGCGGCGGCUGUAGCGAUUCGGAAGAGGAGAACCUUUCCACGGAAGAACUGGAGCAGUUUGCUAAAGAACUGAAACACAAACGCAUCACUUGGGGCUUCACCCAGGCGGAUGUGGGCCUCGCUCUGGGCAACCUUUAUGGUAAGAUGUUCAGCCAGACGACCAUCUGUCGCUUCGAGGCGCUGCAGCUGAGUUUCAAGAACAUGUGCAAGCUGAAGCCGCUGCUGCAGAGAUGGCUCAACGAGGCCGAGACCUCGGAAAAUCCCCAGGACAUGUACAAGAUCGAGCGGGUCUUCGUGGACACCAGGAAGAGGAAGCGGAGGACCAGCCUGGAAGGCGCCGUCCGCUCCGCCCUGGAGUCUUACUUCGUCAAGUGUCCCAAACCCAACACGCAGGAGAUCACCCACAUCUCCGACGACCUCGGCCUGGAGAGAGACGUGGUGCGGGUGUGGUUCUGCAACCGCCGACAGAAGGGGAAGCGCCUGGCGCUGCCGCUGGACGAGGAAUGCGACGGUCAGUAUUACGAGCAGAGCCCCUCCCCUCUCAACAUGGCCGCCUCCCCCAUCCCCAACCAGGGCUACUCGGCCGCCGCCAACUACCCCGGAGCCCCGCCUCCCCCCGCGCCCGCGACACUUUACCUACCCUCUCUGCACCGGGCCGACGUCCUGAAGCAGGCGCUGCACGCCGGACUGGUUGGUCACAUGACCGGGUAGAUGACGGAUGCAUUUCGUAACCCUCAGGAGUUGACGAGCGCCAAAAAGGUCGGGUGUUGUUGCACGUUUUUACCAUUUUUGUCCUGUUUUAGAAAGAAAAAAAAAAAAAAAAAAAAGCUGAAGUCAAUCACCAGUUUUUUAUUCUGUUAAGUGCCUUUGUUUUUAUGUUUUACUUUUUUUCUUGUACAAAUUUGGAAUUGUCGAAAGAAGCUUCAUGAAUCGCAGUUCCGAAUGUAGCUUUAUUCUGCAGCCUACUGAAGACGUUUCCUGGAUAAAAGUAACUAGGUUGUCAUCGGUGCCUUUUUUUUAUUUUAAUUUUUUUUAUAUUUGUAACACGUCAAUGUUUUGUUUUUAAAAGUCACACCUGCUGCUAACCUUGUCUCCGCCUCCCUUGCACAUGUCUAGAAGUGUGACCUUGACCAAGGACAAACUAAUACUUUAAAUGUUGUUGCGUAUUUUGAAGCGACGUGCGUGUCUGCUGUGUAAGGACCAAGGAAACCGAUGCUCGUGUUUUGUCUGCAGGCAGAGCCCGGACCUAAACCGACUUGUAUUCAAUUAGCAAACGAGAAAUGUUGACCAAUCAGGUGAGACUUGAGUCUGAUUCCGAAUGUGACACGUGACCCAUUAUUUUUGUCUUUGCAGCAAAAUGAACUUUUUCUACUUUU